AUGCUUACUAGCCACCUCAUUGCCAAUCGAAUUGGCUCUCCUGGUAGAGUCAACACAUCUCCUGUUAGUACCACCAGGAGGACAAGAGGACCCAGACCACCAAAGAAUGAUCUGAACAGGAAUCUAAGGAAGAAAGUCUUGGAAAUCCGCGAGUCAGACAAGGACACAGGCACACACAAGGCGCACAACCCCAAAGCUAUGGAGUACAUUCAGUAUUGUGAACAUGUCUGUGAUGAGAAUGAUCCCUACAAGUACAUCCUAGUGUCUGAUAGCAUCUACAACUUCAUGUGGUACCAAAGCUUUAGGGAGCAAAAGCAAAAGGGUUUGACCAAAGAGAAGAGAGCCAUUCCUGCUGAUCAGCGAAUCUACUUUGAUGCAGAAGACUAUGACCAGCUGAUGAAGCAGUCCGAGAAGAAGAGAGAGGAUGCAGAUGCCAACAUGCCCAAUCCACAAAUCCUAUUGGCAUUCAAUCUUUCAACCAGUACCAACAAGCAUCAAGAAGAUCUACGAUGUGCAAGUCGCUCUCACCAAGAACAUUGCUCUGCCACAGCAGAUGCAGGUACAAUGGGACUACGUAUGGAUCAAAGAUGA